GGUGGCGCGUGACCCUGGAGCCUCUCCGCCGCGCGCGAGGAUGGCAGAUGGUGAGCAAGCUUUUGAAACCAUGUCGCUGGGGACAUUAAGCUUGGAGAAAGUGACAGUAGGGAUACAGUUUUUGAAGUGACCAAAGGGUUGACUUGUGGAAGGAUGAGACCUUGUUUUGUUUUCCUGGAGAGUACGUGGAGGUUACUGCGAGGCCCAUUUCGGCUUGGUGGAAGGAUAAAUUGAACACUGAGAACUGCCCAUCUCUGGAGGGAGUAAGCAAGAGCCAGUCAAGGGUCAAGGGACUGAUGUUUGAGCGGAAAGCUUCAAAACUUUUUAAAGAAACCUUCAGAAUGGCUUUGAACCCGACAAGCUAGACAUCGCUUCAGAGCACCGCCUUCAGCAUGCAUCUGCCCUGUCAGGCUUCCCUGGCAAAGGGGUCAUUCUUUGAAGGGGUCGUUCUGCAGAGGGCCAGGGAGCCGAUGCUCACGGAACCAGACUGGUGGAUUUGACUUUCUGGUAGAAUUCUCUUGCUUUAUUGAUUUCUCCCCAGAGCUCUGAGAGGCUGGAGGUAUUGAUGGGACCGAAGGGCCUGGAAGGAAGGGAAGCAGCACUUUCAUGCUGAAUGAAAACUAGACAAGUGACUGUUGGGAGACUGAAAACACCUAAACGUCCCACAUCCGGAUUCAGCGGAGGAACUGUCACUGCUGGGGAGAAAGAAGCCAGACUGGAAAAGAAAACCCAAAUAAAGAGAAUGAGGGCCACCGAAGAGUAAAUGGCCACCUCCACCUCGACAGAGACGAAGUCAGCCUCCUGGUGGAAUUAUUUUUUCCUUUAUGAUGGUUCCAAGGUGAAGGGAGAAGGAGAUCUAACCAGAGCUGGCAUCUGUUACUUUUUCCCCCCUCAGACCCUGCUUGACCAACAGGAGCUGCUCUGUGGACAGAUCGCCGGGGUUGUCCACUGCAUUUCUGAUAUUUCCGGCUCUCCUCCCACCAUCGUCCGUCUGCGGAAACUUAAGUUCGCCAUAAAGGUUGACGGCGAUUACCUUUGGGUGCUGGGCUGUGCUGUUGAGCUCCCUGAUGUCAGCUGCAAGCAGCUUCUGGAUCAGCUCAUCGGCUUCUUUAAUUUUUACAAUGGGCCUGUUUCUCUGGCCUACAAGAGCUGCUCUCGGGAAGAACUGAGCGGGGAGUGGGACACCUUCAUUGACCAGAUCCUGAGAAACACCGGUGACCUGCAUAAGAUAUUCAACUCCCUCUGGAACCUGGACCGAACGAAAGUGGAGCCCCUGCUGUUGCUGAAGGCGGCCCUCAUUCUGCAGACCUGCCAGCGCUCGCCCCAUGUUCUAGCCGGCUGCAUCCUCUAUAAGGGACUGAUCGUCAGCACCCAGCUCCCUCCCUCUGUCACAGCCAAGGUCCUGCUUCAUCGAGCCGCACGUCGGGACCAGAGAAAACCUAUCGGAGGGGCUGCCCUGCAGGAACAUGGAGCAGCGCUCCCCCCAGACGUCCAGAUUGUGCCUGUUUUCCUGACCGAAGAGGAAGCCGUCAGUCUCCGUGAGUUCCCCCGGGAGCCCACGACCAGCACUCUGGCAUCUCCAGCCAGACUCCCGGAGCCCCCAGCCCAGCGCCCUCCAAAGGGUUUGAACACAUCUGCCCCGAAAGAAAGCGCCCCCAGACACGAGGAAUCCACGGCUCGGAUCUCAGCGACCACCCCUGAGCCCACGUCUCCUGACGUCACCUGGCCAAAUGGCAGCGGGGAGAACGGACGCUGGUCUGGCUGUGAUCUGAAGAGCAUCAGGCCCCCAACACCGCACCACACCACCAGCGGCCAGGGGCCUGGGCUCGGCCUCUCUCUGGUGAAGGAGACCGGUUUGUCCAGGGGGGAAGAGGAACUGGACUUGUGUGAAAUCCACGUUCCAGAAGCUCAGGACACGGGAGCAUCCUUGGGUUAUUCCGCCUCCGAUGGCGGGCCUCCUGGCUGCAGGGCAUCUGUCAGUGACUCUGGCAACCCCGGAAGCAAGCCACCCGAGGCCCUGCCUGCGGGCACAGCCGUGGGCGGCCCCCUCCCUCCCUCCACUCCUCAGAGGCUCACCCAGAAUGGAGCCCUAGAACGGCCCAGAGACCUUCCUGGCAACAGCAGCCAAGCCCCCGUCCCCAGGGACCACCUCCUCGGCCCAACGAGCGGGCCAUUGCCGGCGCCUUGCUUGGAUUCGAGGCAGACGGGGACUGAGCUGCCCGUGGGGGAGCAAGGCGAGGGGCAGCGCGGCGAUGGGGUUCCUGAGGGCCGCUCAGCCUCCGGCCCGGGACGCACCUCGGGCUCGGCAGACCCCCCAGGCGACGGCCCCUCCGCAGACAGAACCGGGGCCAGGGCGACCCCCGUGUCCCGCGCGCGGCUCGUGCGGAUGAACCUCUACACUCACAGCGUCAGAGGCCUGGUGCUGUUGCUGCUGGCCGAGGAGCCGCUGCUGGGAGAUGGCGCGGCCGUCGAGGACGUGGUGAGUGUGCAGACCCCCCGGCCCCUGGCAGCCCGCCCCCGCCUCCUCGGAGCCGGGACAGGCAGGGGCGCUCGGCCAGCAGCCGUGUGACCUCGUGCCAAACAUCCCUGUUCUUACAGUGGGGUGCCGGUGGUGCCCACCUCCUCGGCUGUUUGUGGGGGGUGAGUGAGCAUCCAGUGCUGAGCACAGAGCCAAGUGCAAAGGCAUCCACAAGUGUUGCCCUUUCCAGCUUCUUCCAUUUUCUCAGCGCCUCUGGUUCGUCCUCAGCAGUGGGGUGCAGUGCAGCCACACAGGCCGUGACCACACACGGCCUCACUCCCUAGCCCGGCAGCUCUAGGCUCUGUGUGGCCGGAGUCUGUGCGUGUCACCGCCUGGAUUGGGAGUUUUUCGCCAGCCCUGACUUUCCCUCCGUCUGGAGCCCCUUCCUAGAAGGCCCAGGACGUCUGAAAUGCUAACUGGAUCCAGAAGGCUCCUCUCAAACCCUUGCAGCCCCUUCCCCACUUCGAGUGGUAAGCUGACCUUCUCUGGGGCCUGGGCCCACGCUGGAUCCAGUUGCCAUAGUAACAGCCUUGCUUUAGUUGGCCGGGCAACAGCAGCGAUAAAAACAGCAGGUUGAAAUUGCUGCAGGGUGAAUGGUGUCCUGGGGCUUGCCUUGUUUCUCUUCUUAAAUCUAUAUUAUUCUAAGCCCAUCGUAUUAGCAGGCAGGCCCGUGGCCCUCCGUAAAUGAGCGGGUCCCCUGGAACGCAGUGGAGGAGGGCGGUGGGUCCUCCGCACGGAGCCUGGAGACAGAGCCUGCGCCUCUCGCGCCUGCCUGGCUCCUCUCCCCUUUCCACAGGCCCCGCAGCACCCUCUCCGAGUGGGGGCUUCCCACCGCUUCCUUCCCCAAGGCUCUGAGCGACGUCUCCACCUCCUCCUCCUUAUAACAGCUCAGGGAUCCAGGGCUGCAGUUCUGUGCACCCAUCUCCCGGCCGAUGCCUUGGUUUCAUGGUCUGUCCUGCUUAGCGCCGAGCUUAGACACGGCAUUUUGCAGGCCCGGUGUUGGCAUGCAGUAAAGUG